AUGACACAUUGGUUAUGGAGUCUAUUCAUUCGGGCGCACAAAAAAGACCUCGAGUUCAGUGACCUCUACCGGUGCCCAAAAUCAGAUGAGACACAUCGAGUCCGACAGAAGCUCGAAAUCAAAUGGGAUAAACAACUAAAAAAUAAAGGAAAGCCAUCGCUAUUUUGGGCACUAUUCGCAUCGUUUGGACCCGAACUUAUUGUCUUUUAUAUUCCCGAUGCUAUCAAAGAAUUGGGCGUAAAAUUGUUUCAGCCGUAUUGUAUUGUUUAUUUGAUCAGAUAUUUCAAUAAUGACCCCAACACUAGCCAGUGGUUGGCGCAGUGGGCGGCCGGUGGUAUUGUGUUGGCCGCCAUUGCAAACAUGUUUAUCUUAUAUUUAAACAUGACCAUGUACAGUAAAGUGGGAUUUAGAAUCCGUGCCGCGUGUUGUGCCCUAAUAUACCGUAAGUCAAUGCGUUUAAGUUAUUUAUCACUCGGAAAGACAACUGUUGGUCAGAUAUUAAACAUUAUGUCCAACGAUGUCAACAGAUUUGAUGAGUUUGCAUUGUAUUCGCGAGCAUUAAUUAUGGCGCCACUGCAGGCGGCGAUUGUGUUAUACCUAUUGUGGUCACACUUGCGGUGGACGUGUUUGGCGGGAAUGGGAAUACUUGUGCUGUUUAUACCAUUUCAAGUACUAAUGGGUCGUAUGUUUGGGAGUAUACGUCAAAAGACGGCUGAAUUAACGGACAGUCGAAUCCGUUUAAUGCAUGAGAUUAUCGCCGGAAUGCGUGUCAUAAAGAUGUACGCCUGGGAACAGCCCUUCGCACUAUUGGUCGCAACCGCUCGCAAGUAAUGAUACAAAUGAUAGUAUAUUAAUAAAAUCAUAUUAUUACGCCAACCAUACAAUGAGUAAUAUAACUUUAUGCUUAUAAAAGUUGUCAACGACUUGCAAAAAAAUAU